AUGGAAUCUACAUCUACAUCAGCAUCAGCAGCAUCAGCAUCCGCAUCCACGCUGACCAAAGAGCAAACGCAUGCGCUGUUCGACAUCCUCACUCACCACGAGACAUAUGCCGAGAUUGAAGGCUUCAAGGCCCCCGAUGCGGUCACGGGGUACGGCUUCCCCUUUGCGCGGACGACGACGGCCACGGCCACCAGCAAUGGGGGCGGCGGCAAGGCGGAUUCAUCUUCUUCGACAUCGCCGCUGCUGCAGCUCAUGCUGAAGAGGCUGGUCCUGCCACUGCCGGGCGUGCGGGACCUGCCGCCCGAGUUCUGGAACGUCAGGGCGCAGGGCCUGCUGGCGCGCUUUGCGGAGGCGGAGCUCUCGGAGAGCUUCGACAAGGGGGCCAUGGGGACGAGGAAGACGCUGGCGACGGGGGCGAGCAGCGUGUUGGAGAUGGUUGGGAGGGGGAUCCUGGGCGGCAAGAAGAAGAAGAAGAAGAAGACGAAGACGACGGAGGAGAGGGAGUAUGACGAAUCAAGGGCGGAGGAUCUGUCAAGGGCGUUUGGGGAUCUGCUGGAGGAGUGGGCGUAUGGCGAUUUGAUGGAGCGGGUGUCGGCGCAUGUCACCGAGACGGAGGACCUCGAGAGCUUUUCCCCGGCGAUGAAGGCGGCGUUGAACUAUGCCAUUAUCAACAUCGCCACCUUUGCUCACCACAUCUUCACCGUGUCCCCCGAGGGCCAGGAUCUCCUCAAGCUCAUCGAAAACAUCAACACCCUAAUCCCCUACAAAAUGAUCAAGCAGACGCUCCGCAUCGGCAACGCGGCCACCAUGAUCAGCGGCAUGAUGCGCCUCAUGCUCGCCAAGCUCAGCGUCACCAGCAUCACGAACUGGGUCGGCCUGACGGCCAGCGCCGACGACGGGAUGAACCUGCUCCAGCGCAUCAUCUCCCUCGCGCUCUCGUGGGACGCGUCCGAGUUCAGGAAGACGGUGGACAGGAUCGAGAAGAUGAAGGGGGACGGCGCGCUGGCCGAAGACGUGCUCGAGGCAGUGCGGAGGCACGUCGGUUUGCCGAGGGGCGAGCAUCUUGCCGCGAGGGAGGCGAGCCUGCGGGACAACAAGUCGAUUGUCGUGGCCAUUCUCGAGGGCUGCGACGAGAAGCUCGUGGAGGGGCUGACGGAGGCGCAGCACGCGCUUUGCCUGGAGUACUAUGCUGCGCUGCUGUCGAUCCAUGAUCGGGAGGCGAUCACGAGCGUCUUGUGUCGGCAGCCGCCGGACCUGUUUACGCAGGCUGUCAGGGACGUGGUGGGUGCGUAUGAUCCGAUGAUUCGGAUCGUACAUUCGCGGAUCGAUAUCCGGUUCUAUCUCGAGGCGGUGCAGAGUUUCCUGUCGGACCUGAUUCGCGAAGAUGAUGAUGGAGGGGAAGAUGAUGAUGCGGCGGGGGCGAGCGUGGAGGAUUACGUCGUGCUGCUAAGGAAGCAUCGUGGGAUGCUGUAUAAGUGGGUGCACGAGUUUGCAAAGAACUGUCCUGAGGUGUGGAGGGAGUUUCCGGCUUGGGGCCAGGCCAUUGCCACGAGGUUCCGGAAACCUGACGUUGAAGAGGAGGAGGAGGACGGCGAUGAUGAAAAGGCAAAGGUUCACAUGGAGGAGCGGCUGAAUGAGUUGGUUGGGUCUCUCGAUGGGGCGGCGAAGGAGGAUGUCUUGCGGGCUGUUGACAAGCAUGCCGAGUAUCUCGCUUCCAUCACGGAGCUUUCGCAGAGGCGUUUGCAGGCGGUCAUUGAUGCCGCUGCUUCUCUUUCGGCGGAUUCUUCUUCAUCUGCGCCCCUUCGGACGAGGGAUUCCGAACCAGGGGUUUACCUCUCGCAGUGGCAGUCCCUGCUGGACUCGACAAAGAUCACGCCCUCUUCCAAACGUGGCCCUUCUCGUCAUGGGGAAGACGUCAAAUACGUGUCUACGAUGGGGAAGCUAGGUCUGGGGGGAGGGAACCUGAAACGAAGACGAGGACGGACUAAGAGCGCUGAGGAGGAGGAGGAUAUGAAGGCGCCGGAUGUGAGUGUUGUUGUGGAUGCUUUGGGGGAUGCGUUUCGGGAUGUGAUAAGGCAGAGGGGGAGGGAGAUUGGGUCGGUCAGGGUUUGA